GGAGGGAAUGAGGGAUCGGGACACGGCUGGGAUACAGAGUUAAUAAAAUGUAACUGAUAAAAAAAAAUAAAAAAAAUGGAGAAAAAAAUAAAAUGAAUAAUGAAAUUGUGUAUCACUCAUAAAAAAAAUAAAUAAAUGACCCAGUUUUACUUAAAAAAAAAAAAAUGGGUCUGGCCCGAUUGACCCUGAGCUCAGUUGGGUUUUUUCCAACCCUAGGCUUCUCUCCUAGGAACAGUAGCUAGUACGUGGGAGGGCAGGGAUGCAACAUAAACAGCCAUUGGAGACAAGCAGUCUCCUGACCCUAAGAAAGGGAGUGGCAGAAAGAAAGGGCCAUUGGAGUAGAGGCCCCUCAGGGGAUGUUACCACACUUAGAGAACUCUAAAAAAAAAAACCCUUGCAGCACUGGGAGAGACCACUACAGAGAUAUCCCGGAGACAGACACUCAGACAGGAGAGUCAGAAAGACAGGAAUUCUGCAGGUCAGUCUGUGAGUACAUCAGCUCCUUCUUUGGCGUACUGAUGGCAGCAGAGCCCCUGACUGAACUGGAGGCGGCCAUUGGGACCAUAAUGGACAGGUUACACACUUAUGCAUUGAUAGAAGACCAGGGUUUCUACCUGAGCUUCAAAGUGUUUAAGAUACUGGUCAACCAUGAGCUACCUCACAUACUCAAGGAUGUGGGCUCUCUAGAUGAAAAGAUGAAGAGCUUGGAUGUGAACCAGGACUCGAAGCUGAAUUUCAAUGAGUGCUGGAGACUGAUGGGGGAAUUGGCAAAGCCAAUGUGGGAGGAGAAGGUCCUGGAGGUCCUGAAGAAGUAAAGCCUGCUUGUUGGGAUGGGGGUCAGCAGGGUCUGCUGGUCUGGGGCAGGCAGAACUCCCCUCCCUGCAAAUAAAACUUCCUCCUUGAAACACA